GCAGUUGUUUUGGCUGAAGUUUCGUAACAGAGUCAAACAUGGACAGCUGAAUACACUCUGAAAACAACAAAACUAUAAUUUUGUAGCACAAACGUUAUUUAAGCCAGUUUAUUCACAACGCGCAAGUAAAAAUAAUACACAAUAUCAAAUUAAAAAAUGAAUCGAAUGUUAACCACGUGGCUCAUUGUUGUGGCAUUGGCUCAAUUAUUGAUAGAAGGAUCUAGCAGAGAAUUUCAUAUCAACAGUAAUUAUGCAAACACAUAUUCUCAAGUCACCUCCCAGUACAGCGAUGCCGGCCCAUUACUUCCGGCAACGUCUGCGAUGAUCUAUCCUAGUCCUACACCUACUGGAAAUGACGUGAUGUAUCCGUAUGGGUCUUACCUUGGUGAUUCCUCCAUAACGUCUGGUGAUGAUUACGCAAAAUCCUUUGUGCUGAGUAGUCCAAUGCCUUUAUUUUCAACAUUAAAGUCUCAACUAUACAUUUGCACCAACGGUUACAUUACAGUAGACGUUUUGAGGGCGUCACCCAGCAUAAGAAUACCUGCCGACAUAACAGUGGUGGCGCCAUACGCAAUUGAUUUGAUUGCAUCUUACUCGGGAACAAUUUACUACAGGGAGAGUUAUGAUUCAUACUUACUCAACAAAGCCAGUAAAGACGUUAAUCAAGCCUACACAAGCUAUUUUCGACCAAAUCGUUUGGUUAUUAUCACGUACUUCAAUGUUCAGAGAUAUGGUUCCAAUGAAAAAAACACCUUUCAGCUCGUGUUAGCCAGCGAUGGUUACAAUACUUACGCUAUCUUCAACUACAAUUAUUUGGAAAGCUCGGGUGCUGUUGCAGGUUAUACCGAAUCAGGUUGCGACAGCCAAGUCAUUUCAAACUCCGGAAAUAGUAGGAAUCUUAUGUACUCUUCUAACAUGGGAGUAACUGGUCGUCAUGCGUAUCACUUAAAUGGCAAACGUUGUUCAUCCAGUGUGUCUCCUUCGUGGCGGUCUUCGAUAGAACAAACAUCCAGCCCAACUACAAAGACUUCCGAAGCAAUUUCGUCUUCUCUUGAGACAACACAUUUCAUUAAAUCUUCAAAAGAAUCUUCCAAUGUUGCUUUGUCAACAAAAGGCAUUUUGUCGUCACUGAACCCCAGCCCAUCACUCUCGGUAACGUCUACAAUGGUCUAUCCAAGUCCUACUCCACAUAUAGACGAUGUGAUGUAUCCGUAUGGUUCAUACGUUCGAGAUUCCUCAAUAGUUUCUGGCGAUGACACUUCAACUUCUAUGGCAUUGAGUUGGCCUCUUCUUUUAUUCACACAGAUAAAGUAUCAGUUAUAUAUCAGUACCAACGGCUAUGUUACAGUGGAUACUCCUUAUUCGUCAACCAGUAUAACCAUACCUUUUCACAUAACAGUGAUGGCACCAUACGCCAUGGAUUUGGUUGCGUCUUACUCGGGACCAAUUUACUACAGGGAGAGUUACGAUUCAUACUUACUCAACAAAGCUAGCAAAGAUGUUUAUCAAGCCUACGGAAACUACUUUCGACCAAAUCGUUUGGUUGUUAUUACAUACCUCAAUGUCCAGAGAUAUAAUUCCUAUGAAAGAAACACCUUUCAACUCGUGUUAGCCAGCGAUGGUUACAAUACUUACGCUAUCUUCAACUACAAAAAUUUGCAAAGCUCGGAUGCUGUUGCAGGUUAUUCCGCACCGGAUUGUGAAAGCCGAGUCAUUGCAAACUCCGGAAAUAGUAGGAAUCUUAUGUACUCUUCUAACAUGGGAGUAACUGGUCGUCAUGUGUAUCACUUAAAUGGCAAACGUUGUUCGUCCAGUGUGUCUCCUUCGUGGCGGUCUUCGAUAGAACAAACAUCCAGCCCAACUACAAAGACUUCCGAAGCAAUUUCGUCUUCUCUUGAGACAACACAUUUCAUUAAAUCUUCAAAAGAAUCUUCCAAUGUUGCUUUGUCAACAAAAGGCAUUUUGUCGUCACUGAACCCCAGCCCAUCACUCUCGGUAACGUCUACAAUGGUCUAUCCAAGUCCUACUCCACAUAUAGACGAUGUGAUGUAUCCGUAUGGUUCAUACGUUCGAGAUUCCUCAAUAGUUUCUGGCGAUGACACUUCAACUUCUAUGGCAUUGAGUUGGCCUCUUCUUUUAUUCACACAGAUAAAGUAUCAGUUAUAUAUCAGUACCAACGGCUAUGUUACAGUGGAUACUCCUUAUUCGUCAACCAGUAUAACCAUACCUUUUCACAUAACAGUGAUGGCACCAUACGCCAUGGAUUUGGUUGCGUCUUACUCGGGACCAAUUUACUACAGGGAGAGUUACGAUUCAUACUUACUCAACAAAGCUAGCAAAGAUGUUUAUCAAGCCUACGGAAACUACUUUCGACCAAAUCGUUUGGUUGUUAUUACAUACCUAAAUGUCCAGAGAUAUAAUUCCUAUGAAAGAAACACCUUUCAACUCGUGUUAGCCAGCGAUGGUUACAAUACUUACGCUAUCUUCAACUACAAAAAUUUGCAAAGCUCGGAUGCUGUUGCAGGUUAUUCUGCACCGGAUUGUGAAAGCCGAGUCAUUGCAAACUCCGGAAAUAGUAGGAAUCUUAUGUACUCUUCUAACAUGGGAGUAACUGGUCGUCAUGUGUAUCACUUAAAUGGCAAACGUUGUUCGUCCAGUGUGUCUCCUUCGUGGCGGUCUUCGAUAGAACAAACAUCAAGCACAACUAUAAAAAAUUCCGAAGCAAUAUCAUCUUCUCUUGAGAUAAUACAUUCCAGUAAACUUUUAAAAGAAUCUUCCAGUGUUGCUUCGUCAGCAAAAGGCAUUUUGUCGUCAUUGGGCCCAACAUCUUCUGUUAUGGUCACUUCAACAAUGGUAACGCCCACCCCUUCUCCAGUCCCGAAAGAAGUGUUAUAUCCGUACGGAAGUUUCUUUGGAGAUAGAAGCAUAGUAAACAAUUACCAAUCUGUGUAUUCGCUAUCUUUAUCACAACAGAUGCCUUUAUUUGGAAAGAUGAAAUCAAGUUUAUACAUCGAUACAAAGGGUUAUAUAUUACUGGAUGUUCCGUCUGACAGAUCAAGUGUAACUAUACCGUACUAUACGCCGGUUAUCGCUCCAUAUGCGGCAUAUUUUUCUCCAGCCUGCGAUGGUCCAUUGUAUUACAGGGAAACGUACGAUGCUCAUGUGUUAUCAAUGGCAAGCAAUGAUGUAAGGAGAGCCAGUCAAGUCAAGUUUCAAGCAAAACACGCUGUUGUUAUCACGUAUCAUAAUUAUGGUGGGUAUUGGUAUCAGCGUAACACAUUUCAACUUGUCCUAGCUAGUGAUGAUACGCAGACGUUUGCUAUCUUUAACUAUAAACAGCUUCACUCGUCUGGAGCUGUGGUAGGAUUCUCUGAUUCAAAUUGCAUGAACACGUUGCUGGCGCAAGCUUCACAUAGCCAAUCUUUGAUGUACACGAGUAAUGUGGGUUUUCCUGGUCGACACGUCUAUCAAGUUUCUGAUUCCAACUGCAGCACAUCCUCUGUUAUAUCAUCACAGCUUAUUUCUUCUUCGUCAAGUGUUCAAAGCAUUGAGUCGGUGAAGUCAAGCGUUUUGUCUACCAGCUUGGUAUAUGCUACAAUAUGGCCCACGCCGUCUUUUUCAUCAAUAACUUUGGCAACUUCGUCUUCGGUGACAACAAUUCCUCAAAUGGUUAUGUACCCGUAUGGUAGUUUUCAUGGUGAUAGAAGUGUGACAACUGGUGAUGACCAUAUAGCACAUGUCAUAUUAUCUCGGCCUAUACCCUUUUUAUCCAAAAUGAAAGCUGAUAUCUAUAUUAGCACAAACGGAAUAAUUACUGCAGAUAGACAAUCAACUAAGGGAAAAGUAAAGUUGCCUUUCUACCUUCCAGUGAUUGCACCAUAUUCUCUUGAUAUGAUUGCGACCAACAGGAGUGCUUUGUACUACAGAGAAAGCACAGCUGUACAUUUGCUGAACAAAGUAAAUCAAGAUGUUCACAGAAUUUCCUCUUCUCGCUUUAAAGCACAGCGUGUCAUUAUUAUCACAUACGAGAAUUUUAAAAGUUAUAUGAAUCGCCAGGAAACAAAUACUUUCCAAGUGGUUCUCGCUACAAAUGAAGAAGUCACAUACGCUGUGUUUAAUUAUAAAAAUCUUCAAAGCAGUAAUGCAGUUGCAGGAUUCUCUGAACCAGAUUGUCAAAGUAGAACAUUCCUAUCACACUCGGGUAGCAGACAUCUAAUGGAAGAUACAAAUAUUAAUAUUAAAGGAAGGCAGGUUUAUCUUUUAACAAAAACCAAUUGCCUUAAUCCUGUGAUAAAUGCUUCAUCGUUUACCGUUCCUAUCAAUUCAAAGAUUGGCUAUUUAAAAGGAGAUGAAUUUGGUUUGCUGCGUGUACAUGAUUAUUUCGCAGUUUUUGUUGACAUUGUAAGCGGAAAGUUUUCCAGUUCAGCAUAUUUGAAAGAGGUAUCAAGUAACCAAAGUGAAGUCAGUUAUAACAUAGCGUACUCCUUGCUUGCUCCUGAACCAGCUAAUUACACAAUCAAUAUUUUGGCGAUACAAAGAGGAUAUGAGAGAAAUUCUUACAUUGAUUACGGGCUCGUUUUAUUGCACCUUCCAUCGCGGCAACUUGUGUGCGUGGAACAAAAAUUCGCCCGCCGGAUGUCUUUGGUACCCGCCAUUAAAUUAACUGGCAUACUCAGUAAAGACGUAUCAAGUGAUUAUUUGUUGCGGUACGCCUUUAUUUGGGUACAAAGAGUGACCACAACUGGUGUUACCAUCUGUGGAAGAAAAAGAUUCCUGCUUAGUGGCACUAGCACAAUAUCAGUAAAUUUCCUGGCUGUUGCUGGUCAAAGUCAAGGCUUUGCUGUAACUGGAAUUGUGUCAUUUCCUCAGGGAAUUAAUGUGUCAUGCAGACGACAAAACUUCAAAUCAAGAUACCUAAGCAGACCUCACGCUUUUGUCAGUGCGAUAGAGGCUGAUUCAGAAAGCGGCAUCCUCACUUGGAUAAACACUAUCACCGCAUAUUACAUUGAAAUUUGCAUGAAAGUCCCUGGUGAAAAUGCGAGCCGUCGAAGAUUAAUAAAAACUAACUUUAUUCUUAAGAAUAAUAUUGGUUGAUUGAAAGUUGUUAAGAGUUGUAAAUUUUCAUAAGUACGUAAUUAGGAGCUGGAACUAGAUGUAUAAAAGGGCAAUAUUGAGCAUUAGUUGAUACUAAAAUAUAAGGCAUUUACAUUUUUUCAAGUUACAGAGCUGUUGGUACAUUGUACUGACUUUACUGGAUUGGUCGAAACUUAGACCUUUGGCAACAUUUUGCGGCAUAGCCCGAGAUAAGCAGUUAUUAUUAGCGCCUCUUAACUCUAAAACAAAAAAAUUGUUGGAGCGUUUUUUGAUUGUAAAUUUGCAAUUAGAUAUACUUAAAUAUAAAUACACUUUUGUAAUGGUGCUGUGUCAAAAUUAUAUGGUGAAUGUGA